ACUCAUCAAUGUGUCUUAAAAUUUGGAGAGCGGCUGUAACGAGUAACGACUUUAGCAAUAGCAACCUCAGAGCGGUUGAAGCUAUCCUGAGGACUGAGGAGGAUUUGGAAGAAUGGCCAUGGCAGCAAUGGCAAGACCAUCCUCAAUUGUAAUGCUAACAGUAAAAAGACAAAGACCCAGGUGGGUCUUUACUCCUCUGGCUCUGUCUCUGUCAUCUUCUUCCCCUACUCCAUCUAGAAAACUCAUUCUCUACUCAAAGCCUGGUUGUUGUUUGUGUGAUGGUCUCAAAGAAAAACUCCAAGCUGCUUUCUUAAUCUCCGGCCCUGAUUCCCUUCACGAUGUUGAUUUGCAGAUAAGGGACAUCACUAGCAAUUCUGAGUGGGAAAGGGCUUACCAGUAUGAGAUACCUGUGUUGGCCAAAGUGCGUCCUGACGGCACUGAGGAAACCCUACCAAGAUUAUCUCCACGUCUUGGAGUGGAGCUCAUUCAAAAGAAGAUAGCAGCUGCUUUGAAACAAUAAGAGGUUCUCUAAGGCUCAUGAAUGAUUGAUAUUCAAUUAUAUUUCAUCUUUUUUAUAUAUUUAAGUGAAAACACUGAUUCUAUUAUGAAUUUUUAACAUUAAAGGUAGUCAUGGACUGAAUCUGAAUGUAGGGACAGACAAUUUUAAACAUUGAUUAUAGAAAAAUCUGUUUCUUCUGUUACGUCA